UAAAAGGGAGAGAGYUACUGUUGUCAAACUUAUUCCACUCACCCCGACACCGAAAAGAUUGCAAACGACUAAGAAGAGGAAACUCAUAAACACCUCCCAGAGAUGGCAAAGGUUUUCAAGAAGACCAGUGGAAAUGGAGGGCUGACCCUCUACCUGGGGAAGAGAGAUUAUGUGGAUCAUGUCACAGCCGUGGACAGAGUGGAUGGGGUAGUAAAAGUGGAACCAGCUGAAAUUGGUGACAGAAAAGUUUUCGUACAGCUGGCAUGUGCCUUCCGUUACGGCACCGAAGACCUGGACGUGAUGGGCCUGUGCUUCAGGAAGGACAUCUGGCUCUCACAGGUCCAGCUCUUCCCCGACGGCACCAAGCCUGAGCUCAGCGAGAUGCACGAGACCCUGCUGAAGAAGGCGGGGGACAACUCGUACCCCUUCUCCUUCCAAAUUCCCAACAACCUGCCGUGCUCAGUCUCUCUGCAGCCCGGGCCUGACGACAAGGGGAAGGCUUGUGGCGUGGACUUUGAGGUGAAAACUUACCUGGCCAAGGAGAAGGACAACCCCGAUGAAAAGAUUGAAAAGAAGGACACUGCUCGUCUCGUCAUCCGCAAAAUCCAGUUCGCCCCGUCUCAGUCGGGCCCAGGGCCCAAGGCUGACAUCUGCAAAAGCUUUAUGAUGUCCGACAAACCCGUUCAUUUCGAGGCAUCGAUGGACAAAGAUCUCUACUUUCAUGGUGAGGCCAUCCCAAUCAAAAUCAAAAUCAAUAACGAGAGCAACAAAACGGUGAAGAAAUUCAAAAUCACCGUGGAUCAAACCACCGACAUCGUUCUCUACUCAGCAGACAAAUACACCAAAACUGUCUUCUCUCAGGAGAUUUCGGAGACCGUGGAGCCCAACAGCACCUUCGAGAAAACGGUGAGCAUCAUKCCCAAUCUGUCUGACAACAAGGAGAAAAGAGGGCUGGCCCUGGACGGGCGGCUGAAGGACGAGGAUACGAACUUGGCCUCCACCACCAUGUUGAAGCAGAACAUUGAUAAAGAGGUGCUGGGCAUUCUGGUUACCUACAAGAUUAAAAUUAACCUCAUGGUGGCUGGAGCUGGCCUAAUGGGCUCCCUCACUGCCAGUGAUGUCACUGUGGAGCUGCCCCUGAACCUCAUGCACCAAAAACCUCAAGAUUAAGAGCGGCACGUUGCUAGAGGAGGUUGCCCUGCAGGUUGAGAAGACGCCUACAGAAAUUCAGGAAGAAAUUCAAAGGAUGUGAGGAUAAAAAAAGAGAAGAAUGUGACUGAUGUUGGGUAAAUUAUCAAUAAACGAGCAGCCGAAGAAGAAAGUCUUUUCAAUGCAGGACCCGAGAAUUUGACUUGAAACAUUAGUCUCCCUUACAGCAUUUUUUGUUUGUUUCUGUAGUGAGCUUGUUGUCAUGUAGCUGUAGAGAAUGUUUGUUUUUACAGAAACUGAAUUCUGUACAACACUCCCAGAAGACAACCCACAUCAUUUUCACAAUGUUACAUCCAGAAAACUGGAAAUACGUCUGAAGCCCAUAAAAACCACUGUGCUUUGAAAUACUGUGAUACUGUUGAGUAAAAAUGUUCAGUUUAAAGAAAAAUUGUCAAUUUUAUUGGACUUAUCAAACAUCUUAAUGUACAAUAAAGUUACUUUGAAACCAA